GGCACUGUCGUAUCGCCGGACUCUCUUGAAUUUCAAAAUCGCACUCCCUUCGGUGAACCGGAUCAGGGAUUCAUCAGACACGCUUCCAUUCCUUUUCAAGUUGCUCGAAGAUUUGUUAAGAUGUCAUUAAAUUUCUAUAUAACAUCGAUCUUACUGUUUGUCUUUAUUGGCUUCGUUGUUGGUGCUGAAAACUACGUAGACUAUGGAGAUGAUAUACCAGAGAAGACGCCAAUAGAAAAUAUCCAUGAGCUUUAUAGACUUUUGUUGCAACGCAAUGCCUUAGAAAAUGCAGGACUUGGUGAGAUCCCACUGGAACACCUAAUGAUCCGUAAAUCUCAGCGAUCACCUUCAUUGCGUUUACGUUUUGGACGUUCGGAUCCUCAUUUAUCUCUGGGAUUUCUACCAAGACCCAUGAAUGCCAUUCCACCAUCAAGAUUCGACGACAAAUAAACGAAAAUGG